AUGGCGUACAGCCAGUUUCCUCCGCGGCGCACGUCCUGUGCCGCCCCAGCCGGUGGGGCUCUCCACCCCAGGCCACAGCCUCGUGGCGCCCCCCGGGCCGGGGCGGCCGGACCGAGGGGUGUCGGCGCGGUCCGGCUACGGGGCGGGGCCGGCGGGAGCUCGGGUCGCCGCCGCCGCUGCUGCCUCCGCCUGCCGCUCGGGCCGCCCGCUCGCCCGCCGCUGGGUGCGCUGCACGCGGGGGGCAGCCGCGGUGCAGAGGUUCAUGCAGCGGCGGCGGCGCCGGUGGCUGCUGCUGCUGCCGCCGCGGAGGCAGACAAACCGGGCGCUGCCGCCGCCGCCGCCCUCCCCCGGCUCCAUGCCGCCGCGGCCGCCGCCUCCUCCUCUCCGGCGAGGGGCGGGGGGCUCCGGCCCGGGGUGGGCACCACUCCUCGCAGCGCCGCUCCCCUCCCUGCCCUCCGCCCCGGCGCUGGAGCCGGCGAGGGCACCCGCCGCCUCCUAGGAGUGCACCCUCCGCGCGCCCUGCCGGAGCGAGGGGGCGGGCGUGGGCGGGCGUCGGGGCAGCGGGGACCCUGCGCGGCUGCAAGAGGAGGGGGCUUCCCCAAGGAUGCCCGGCGGCGGCUCCCGGCUCCUAGGUACGAGCUGAGCCUGACCGGGAGCUAGCGGCGCGUCGCCAUGCCGGCGUGACGGGCGCCCCCGGCUGCCCGCGCGGGCCCCCGCGCUGCCCCACGCCGCAGCUGUGCCGGCGCCGGGCCGCAGGAUGGGCUGUAUCCAAAGCAUCACCUGCAAGGCGCGGAUCCGGCGCGAGAACAUCGUGGUGUACGAUGUGUGCGCCACCAUCGACCAGUGCCCCACGCGCAUCGAGGAGACCUCGCCCAUCGUCCUGCGCUACAAGACCCCCUACUUCAAAGCCUCCGCCCGCGUGGUCAUGCCCCCCAUCCCCCGCCACGAGACCUGGGUGGUGGGCUGGAUUCAGGCGUGCAACCAGAUGGAGUUCUUCAACACCUACAGCGACCUGGGCAUGUCAAGCUGGGAACUGCCUGACUUGAGGGAAGGGAGAGUAAAAGCCAUCAGUGACUCAGAUGGGGUGAGCUACCCUUGGUACGGGAACACCACAGAAACUGUGACCUUGGUUGGCCCCACCAACAAGAUCUCCAGGUUCUCCGUCAGCAUGAAUGACAACUUCUACCCCAGUGUGACAUGGGCAGUGCCUGUGAGCGACAGCAAUGUGCCGCUGCUCACAAGAAUCAAGAGAGACCAAAGUUUCACGACCUGGCUGGUGGCCAUGAAUACCACCACAAAGGAGAAGAUCAUUCUGCAGACCAUCAAGUGGAGGAUGAGGGUGGACAUUGAGGUGGACCCUCUUCAGCUCUUGGGGCAGCGGGCCCGGCUGGUGGGCAGGACUCAGCAGGAGCAGCCCCGGAUCCUGAGCCGGAUGGAACCCAUCCCCCCUAAUGCACUAGUGAAACCCAAUGCCAAUGAUGCCCAGGUCCUCAUGUGGAGGCCCAAGCGGGGUCCACCUCUGGUUGUGAUCCCUCCUAAGUAGAAGCAGACUGGCCUGACUGUGUGUGGAUCACACGCUUCUGAAACAUGCAGUGAGGGGUGCCAGGGGUGGCAGGAGCCAAACUGAGUUUCUGAGCCAAAGCAGACCUCUUGGUUUGCCAGCCUUUGCAGCCACUUUUGAAGAGUAGGGCUGCUCCUUGGGUGGUAGAACCAUAAUCCUUAGGAAAAAUCCCUUCCUCUUAGGAAUAAAGAAAUCACUGAUUUGACAGA